AAAAUAUAAAUCAAAAGGUAAUGAUUAGGCUUCCAUAUCCAAUAUAAAUAUAAAACAGCAAGCUAAAAGACAUCAACAUGAUGCCACUGAAGCCAAUUAACCACAAAAAGAUACGUUUUUAGUUUAGACUUAAAAAGCGAUAACUCAGUUAUGGACCGUAACUCCAGCGGUAGAGAGUUCGAGAGCCUGGGGCCGUAAACGGUAAAUGCACGAUCUCCCCAUUUUUCGUAUUUUGUUGGCGGGAUGACCAGGGACACCUGUUCCAAGGAACGCAGAGCCAUUUCUAGUGCUGCUUCUAUAUGCAAAGAAUCCGACAGCUGCAUCUGAUUCUGGUACCUACUGUAUAGUUUUAGAUUGUUGUACUUGAAUUCACCAUUUUUCGACCAGUGAGAAAAGCACUUGCAGAAUACAAAUACAGAAAUCUCUAAUGUGAAAUAACCAGCAUCAUUUUAUAUUUCAAGAGUGUGUGUGUUCGUGUAGAUCACUGUCACCGAAGAGAAGAAGCUGAUUAAGGAAAUUAUGUAUUUAGGGCUUUAAAUAUAGAAAGAUUACAACUAAAAUCUGGAGCGUAAUAAGUGUGUAAGUGGAGUCAAAGACAUGCACACUGCUGACUGUGACAGUCCAACAUCUGUGCAUUGUACAUUUGCAGUGCUGUUGUGUCGUACGCUCAGCUGCAUUAACUGUUACUGUCUUUCUGAAAGUCAUCACGAUUUUCUGAUUUUUGCUUCUGAAAUCUGACCUCAGGUUGGGUCUGUCACCUUCUUUGUAUCCUAGUAUGCUUUAUUGUUUCAGCUGAACAUUAUGAGCUUCAUAGCCGAGCUGCUGGAGUGGUUUGAAGUGAAGAAGCCUGAUUUUGUUCAGCCUAUACAACCCAUCGACCUCACAGAUGUCUCAGGGUUACUGGACUGCACAAGUCCUGUCAGCAGGAACAGCAACAGUGGUUCUCCGUCCUUUAUCUUCAAACAGCCCUUUGUGCCCAUCUCCUCCCCAGUGUCACCAGAAAAAAGUUGGACCAAGAAACAAAUCAGUCGACCUCUGUCAGCUGUGGCUUUCAGCAUCCCAUUUGGGCUGGACAGUGAUGUUGACAUUGUCAUGGGAAACCCAAUCGAUUCUGUGUUUCGCUCUGUCAGCUCUGAAAGCCUCACCACUGGCAUCCCUGCAGUGAUCUCGUCAGCAACUUCAGCAGGGAUGACUCGUGUCCCGUACAGCCCUCCAGAGGACAUCAGCCACUUGGUCAGUGCUUCAGCCCCAUCACAGCGGUCUUCCUGGGGCCCUUAUGCACACCCAACAUCACUGGGAGAGCUACCAGCCAUCGAGGAGGCGCUGCAGGUGGUCCAUACUCCCAGUAGUAAAGAUCGGAAAAAGGGAAGGCUGCCAGAAAAAGGUACAAGAGGAGUGUUGAGUGGAAGGCCAGAGCCCAGGUUAUGCCCCGAAGGAGCACCUGCUGGUUUCUUCCUGCAUGCCCCCGAGGAGAAUAGUCCCCAGCUGAGUAGCUCUGCUCCCUGUCGCUCUGGCAUUGUCUGCCGGCCUGUUGGAGGAGAAGUGGGUGAUACAGAAAAACAAGGAGGUGGAGAAAGGAGGGAGAGAUCAGGAAGGACCUCAGAUAUGUCACGUGAUGAUGACUCCGUACUACGAGAUGGCAGUGUUGACUCCUCUGAAGCAUCAGAUGAUACCCCGAGAAACGCCCCUGGUAAUAUUCGGCCCAGUAAUGGUCAUCAGGGAAACCACAGCACCAGCAACAGUCCACGCAUGACAAGCUUUGCUGAGCGCCGAGAUAACAGAAGAAGAAAUCCCGCUGCCCUUGUGGAGGAGUCAGCCUCUGCCCCGACAACCCCAGGAACUCCUCAUGCGCCCUCGACCCCAUCAGGGGGACCCAGCUGCCAGGGCAGUCCAGGCACCAGAGGUCCUGAACCGGGCUCUGAGGCCUGGGAGUUGGGGGCUCGUCUAGAGGAAAAACGUAAAAGUAUUGAAGCCCAAAAAAGACGCAUCGAAGCCAUCUUUGCCAAGCAUAGACAGAGGCUUGGAAAAACUGCUUUACUUCAACUAAAAAGAGAGCAAGGAGAGGGAGGAGGGGAGGGAGCAGAGGAGGAUAAUCUCACCUUGGAUGAGCGCCUCACUCGCAUGGAGGAGCAGUUGAAAGAGGAGGAAGAAAAGGAAGAGAAAGAGGAGGAUAAGGAGAAAGGAACCUCAUCUGCUUCCAAUCCUCCCCGGUUAGAGAAGCAGGUCACAUUCUCUAUUGAAAGUAAGAAAGAGGCAGCGGAUGAGAAGCCAGGUGACGCUGUCCUAGUUGGGUACAAUGAAGUGGUGCAGAAGCUGAGUGAAGCUCUGCAGUCUCUACAGAAGGACAUGCACAAACUUACAGAACAGCAGCAGCAGCUCAUGAGCAACCAAAGACCCAGAAAUACACCCAAAACCACUCCAAAAUCAACACCUAGAGGUAACACCAAAACACCACCCAGAACCCCUCCUCGCACCCCAACAAAGACACCGCCGAGAACUCCGACCAAGACCCCCACAAACACAAAGAGCAUCAGUAAAGCUUGGCUGAUCCCUGCUGGUCCCAGUCUUUCCCCUGCAUCCUCUCCAUCAAGGCGUUCUCAAGUUCUUCCCUCAUCCACCUCACCAAAAACUAUUCUCUCUUCCUCCUGCCCUGCUCCUCGCACUAAGAUCCACUCAUCUUCCACUCCCCGCAGCCCCAAGCACCACCUGCGUCCCCAGCAUCAGCCUCAUCCACGACCUUCUGAACUUAAGUUCCCUCCACUCAAUCGUAUCCUGACACCAACCCAGACUGUAGACACCCUCCCCCACCUGCGGCGCGUGUCCCCCAGCAAGUGUCAGGUACAGACUACUACGUCCUUCCGCAUUGGUGGACCUCGGACUCCUCAGGAGUCCCCUCAGCUCACCCCACAGCCACAACCUGAUGAAAGCACCUCAGACACAGGCUCUAGUGAGACACCCACUCAGUUCAGUCUGGAGUUGGAGCAGGAAGAUGUAGAGGCUGUUGGAGGGCUGCCGGCCUUGACGCAGUCCAGACAAAAUUGUUCAGGGGCUGCUGGUGGCAGCAGCUCUGGUGCUCCUUCAGAGUGCUCAUUUGAGAGUGAGGCUUUGUCUCUGUCUGCUGCAUAUAGCACAGGAGGUGAAGGAGGAAGAGGUGGAGGUGCAGGGAAGAACUGCAGUCUGAUUGAGGUGUCACUGUCAUCUCUGGGAGGGCCAGAUGGGGGCAGUGAUGAACCAACUGAUGAAGGUCACGAGUUUUCCUCCGAUUCCAUGAGUGACCACACUGAAUCUGCUGCGGAACCUGUGAGAAGACAUGCCACACAACUCUUAGACCCAACAGAGCAGCUUAAUCUGGCCACAGAAACCAAGGAUUUGCCAGAACAACAUACUGAAUCCAAAGGAGAACAGACCGAAACUUCAGAACCAAGAGGGGAACAGAAUGAGCUGGGGACCAGAGGAGGAAUAGGAUUCUUCUUUAAGGAGGAUGUACAUAGUAAGGGAGAGAUGGCCCAACGUAGAGCUCUUCUGUUGGAAAAACAGCAGAAGAGAACUGAGGAGUUGAAGAAGAGGAGACAGUGGCAAGAGCAAGAAAGGGAGAACAGACCAGCAUCCACAAACAAGAGAGAGGCAUCUCCCUCAGAUACAUCUCCUGCAGGCACUACCUCUCCUUCCCCCACACCUCCUGCUACUCCAGCUCGUCGUGGAGAUUUCACACGGGAGGAGUAUGCACGGAGGCAACAGCUCAGGAUUAUGAAUGACUUGGACAAAGUGCUGCAGCAAAAACCAUCAAAUCAAGGAAGAUCUUCGGCUAAGAAAGCCCGCUCUCGGCCUCGCAGUAUGACCAGGGAAGAAACACAGCUGUCUUUGAGUCCAGCCAAGGGAACAACUGGCUCCAAAAUGACCAAAGUCUACUCUCGCUCCUCUCUCAACUUGGCAGCCGCAGAUGAGCCAAGAAACAGUGGUGGUAACCCCACCAGAGAACCCCACAGCGCCCGUCCUGAUUCACCUUCAGGAUGCCUGCUACCAAGUAGACUGGCCAAUCAGAAUGGAGAGAAAGACUGGGAGAGUGGUUCCAAUGGAACCUCACCUGCCCCAGAAUACACAGGUCCAAAGCUAUUCAAAGAACCAAGCCUGAAGUCCAAUAAAUUUAUUAUCCACAACGCACUCUCUCACUGUUGCCUGGCUGGGAAGGUCAACGAGGCACAAAAAAACAAGAUAGUUGAGGAGAUGGAGAAGAGUCCUGCCAACCACUUCCUCAUCCUCUUCCGUGAUUCCAGCUGCCAGUUCAGGGGUGUUUACACUAUGAACCCUGACUCCCACGAGCUUGUACGAUUGGUUGGUGUAGGCCCACGGACAAUUAGUUCCACCCAGGUGGAGUCCAUCUACAAAUACAGCUCAGACAGAAAGCAGUUUAGUGCCAUCCCCUCAAAAACCAUGGGCAUGAGCGUGGAUGCGUUCACCGUUCCUAGUCAUCUUUGGCAUGGAGGAGGAGGAGGAGGAAGCAGGAGAACAAGUAUCACUAAGAAGGCGAUUAUUUCCAAGUGAGGAACACAACACAAAAUCACAGUUACACAUGAUUAAAGAAAACACUGUAAUCAUGUUGUAAUUAUAGUGGAAACUGUAGCCAGACAUGGAAAAACCACACAGAUAAGCCUUUAGGUAUAUGUGUGCAUACAUACUUGACUUCUCUUGCCCUUGGAUUUUUACUAAUACAAAAUAUUAAAAAUGUAUUUGUACUCCCUAUUUAUGUGCAUGAGAACAUUAAAGCUGCAUUAACUAACUUCUCCCUCCAAGUUCCAACCAUUGUUUGUAGCAGAUGUAUCUGCAGUAACAAGCAAAUUGUACAGAAACAUGUUUUUCCCCAUUAAUAUUGAUACAGAACUAAUGUUCUGGUCACUAUCGUAUCACGUUCAAUGUUACAUACUUGACACACAUAAGGUAAUGGAGAGCUGUAUGUGAAACGUGAGAAAUUUCAUGUUAGACAUUGAUCAACUCCCCACUUUUCUAGCUGUGCUGAAGGCGUAAACUUUAACAACAUCUCGUUAAAAUGCUACGUUUAUAUCCAGCAUAAAUGAACUGUGUGGUCUGGACAAAAACUGAAGAAAAAUUAGCAAAUUGAGUAAAAUUACUUCUUUGCUAAUCCAGGAAAAUGCGCUAGUUUCCGCUAAUUGGACAACAAAGCACUAACGUUGCAGUCAGUUGGAAAUUACAACCAGAAUAAUUCAAUAGAAAACGUACAAGAUUGAAAUGCUAACAUUAGCUUGCUAAUGACGCCGACAUAUAUACACUAGCGAGCUACAGUACUUCUGCGUCUAGCAGGAAGAAAACCACAUCCGUGUCAAAUGUUAGUCCUUCUGAUGCUUUUAAUGCUCUGCCUCCAGCAUGUCAAACCAGGGUUAAGCCCUUAGUACAGCAGGGAGACAACACUAGAUAAUUUUUUACUUGAUUUACCCACAUUUGUGCUAAAUCUUAGUUAAUGCAGCUUUAACAGCACAAUUUAAUUGCCCUACACAGAAAACAGUGUACGGAGGUAAAAUGUUAGGCUGAAUACACAAGUUAGUUACUUUUAAAAAGUCUCUACCUAUAUUGUUUGAAGUACAAACUCAAACUACUUUUCUUUCAAAAGAAAAGGGACCUUUUAUGAAGCUGUUUACUGAAAAAUAUUGACUUUCAUAAGACAUCAUUACUCCCUGGUUCUGAGGACUGAAGUACUGUCAAAUGCCUGUUUUUCCAAUAAGCCAAACUGAGUAAAUGCCUUCUCGUGUCAGUGACUGGCAGGACUUUGUUUGUAUUAUCUUCAAGUUUAAUUCUACUGACCGUCAGUAGAUCAAAGCACAUUUACUUAGUAAAGUUGAGACAGCCAUAAGCAUUUGAAGCAGAGAGCAGAGGUGAACUGUAUGUUUUUUGGGCUAAAUGUGUCUGUGGUUUUCAGAAAUGAUUCCCACAGCAUGAAUGGUUAUUUACUAUAUGUGGUAUAAACCUUUUCAAAAUAAUAUGAUGGUGAAAACUUGUGCUUUGAUGAAACUAUGUUAACAGGUUUACGGUACAUCUGAGUAUUGAAUGCCAAUUAAAACAACUUUUAUACACUUACAGGAUAAGACUGGUCGUUUUCUAUAUUAACAGCAUUUUCAACACUCCCCAUACAGAGACUAAACCAACAGUGAUUUGCUUAUACUCAUGAUUAAAGUCUGCCAGACCUGGAUCAGCCAUGGAUCUCUGCUGAUGUUCAAAGACUAUUGAAAACUACAAAACAAUUAAAACAUCAGGGAAACACACCACUGCACUUAGUCAUAUUUCAUCAUUACGAAACACAAGACCCUCCAGAGAUUUUGUACGAGUCCUUGACUCUUUUUAAGUCAGGUUCUGUAAAAAAUUUUGGCUGUUUGGAGCUGUCGUGGCAAAACUUAUCAGGUUUUUCAUCUUGCACUGACCGAACCUUGAUAACUAUGAGGAUUGAUGCAUAUUUAUUUCUGCAGGAAGGAGCAAACUCUGAGUGUCAUACAUAACAGUCUAAAGGAGAAGCUCCCCAGUCAAGAGCUGCAUUUCCUUUUUAUACAUAGACAUGAGUCCUGUUCGUGGUUUCGAUCAGUUAAGGUCAUAUGGAGGUUGAAGGAAAUGUCUGUCACACAGGAAAGAAGCUGUCUGGUUCAACAUCCGUACAAGGAUGUGCUUUUCACUGAAGACACAGAUGUUUGUCUAGUUUCACAAGCACACAAAUGACUAUAUAAAAAAAACCUGCAUAGCAACAAUCAGUAUAUUAAUAAGGCAGUAUGUUUAUAAGGCUUCCAUCACAGGAGCCUUUGGGGCAUUAUUUUUAAAAAAGAUCAGGGUCUUGUGUUUUGUAAUGAGGAACCAUGUUACCCAUUGCAGCUGAUGUGUGUUUAUAUUCAUUUUUGAACAACAAUCGAGGUCUAUGGCACAACAUAAUCCAGUUCUGACAGACUGAGACACAAGUGUGAGUUUGGUUUUGGUCUCUGUAUAUGGAGUGUUUAAUAUAGAAAACGGCUAGCCUUGUCCUUUAACUAAUAGCAUGUUGAGGAAUGAUGUGUCGAACAUUUAGGCGUACCCGUCUCUCAGUGAGCGAUGGGUUUCGAUAGCCAGUUCUAUGUUGGUAAAAUACCUGGAUUUGUUAAGCUCUGUGGCCAAUGAAUCCCUUACCGAAUCUUUCAUUCACAAUAUCCUGUAGAUAGUCUUUUGUUGCUUCUUUCCCACACUAAAGGUGAUGUAUAGAGAUGUGUUAACUCAGACACAGAUAUUAACAAGCCUGCAUGACUUACUCCAUUAUCUGUGACUUGUAGCAGAACAACAAUGAAUUUACAUCUGGUAACAUUAAGUGCAUCAGUUAUGCAGAAAAAUUAGUGAUUUAGUUGCUUUACAUGUGAUACUGACAUAAAAACAGUACACAUGCACAAGAUGCCUUCCUUUUCCCACAAACAGAUCUACCUAAUCAGAUUUGGUGAGGUAUUCACAGAGAUUCAGAUUUGAACUGCCUUCAGAUUUGAUUAAAUGCUAUCGAACCCCAUCCCUACUCUACAGAGCGCACACAAUUAAACUUGUGUGUUUCAGACCAGCAUACACGUAUGACCAACAGACUGGAUUAAAGUCCAUUGAUGGAGCUGUCUCAACCUAACCGUCUGCCCUCCCUCCUUCUCUGUAUACUGUUCAGUCUUUUCUAGUUUCCUGCUUCACACACACACACGGCCUAUUGUUCUUCCUCACGCUGACAGACAGAGAGAGCAGUCCCCACUGUAACGCGACCCUGGUUAGAGGUGGUAACAGCAGUGAGACAUUUGUAAUAAAAUUUGACUCUGACCUGCAAAACAGUCGUUCUCAGCCAGCUUCUUUGUGCAUGUUCUUUACUGCCGA